UCUUCAUCCUCAUCGUCGGCCCUAAUAAGCGGCCGCACUGCGGUCUACAUAUAAUGUAUGCACAUUAUCAUGGAACUGCCAACUCUUAGUUAAAUAUCUAAUUUCUUUGUGAUAAUAAAAAAUAACAAGAAUAGCUUCUUGCGCUAUCAUUUUGGACCCGGUUUAUGAUACACCUAUACAUCCAAUGUCAACUUUAGUCGAGCCGAGUUUGUUAGGGGUUCACCUUGCGAAUCUUCUCCUCAUUGAUUAGGUCGAGAUUUUCUCAAGUUAACCAAUUUUUACUAUUCACAUCCUUAUCAAUGGAGUUAACUCCUAUCAAAGUCCGCGGCAAACGCCGUCUUGGUAACGAGGCUGUCGUCGCUACACCUAAGAAGAAAUCCAAGACCGUCGGAAAAUCAAAGUUACACAAAUCUCGAAGAUCUCGUGAAUCGAAAGCAUCAUACCUUGAGAAGAUACCGCUAGAAAUACUCGAGCGUAUUCUAUGGUAUAGUGAAAACGUCAACUUGCCUCGUUCUAGCCCUCUUAUUGGUCGCCUCCUAUCAGGCCGUUCUACUCUACGUGAGACUUUCAUCGUAGCCUUCCAACCUACCUGGGACGCCUGGUUUGGUUGUGUUGGCGAUAGAAACGAUUCUACUCGCCCUACUGAAGGCAAUCCCGACUUCCAAUCCGGUCUCCUGGAAUAUCCAUGGACCAACAUCUCCUUCAUUCUUGAAUCCUGGGACUUUUAUGUUCGAAGACUUGCGAAGGCACAGCGCUCCGGAACCGACCAGCCUUUUCACUUCCAGCAUGUUAGAAUAUGGGGAGAUCCGGAUAACCCAGCCAACAUCAUGGCAAAAGAUGAUUCCAACGUAGUGGAUUCCCAAGAGGCGAGCCGCUGUUUCUUCCACGAUUACGCUGCCUUCCGAGCGAUUGAGGAACAUAACGGAUAUUAUCUCAGGACGUUCCGCAAUCGAUCAAUUCAGUCCACUUUUUUACAAGUCCACAAAGAUACUCGAAUACCGGAUUCCCUAUUCACCUCACCCCACAGUGAUGAAAAAAUCCAAAAGCUGUUCUGGUUAGUUCGAGGCGGCGCUCGUUUAUCUCCUGAUCAGACAUGGGAGCUUACCCUUCAGAGCUUCCGCGACGCGGUACCGGAAACCUUGCCUCACGUUGGCAAAGUCAAUAUCACUAUGAUCAGGCUACUUUAUAUCCUAGGAGCUUAUCAGACUUGGCCCGAGUAUGUUAGUAAUGAUGAGACUGGUAGAAUGUACUCUGCCCAGCUCAGAUGCAUUCGCGACCCAACAGCUGGAAUCGAGGAUGAGUAUGAGUAUAUCAUUGGGAUGAUGUCUCGAGGUAACUCGGCUCGCAUGGCUGGCCCUUAAUCCUCGUUUAACAACUCUUGGACAUAUAGUUUGGGUCUAGGUUAGAACUUUCCGUACCUACCUAACCUAAAAACAAUUGUUAGUCGCGUGAGACAUCUAAAAUACGGAUGAUCGAAGCCCCAGGAUCUUCGUAUGUAUCCCGGCGGUUAUGACCACCUCGAUGCUUACUGUAUUAUAAGUUAGAUAUUGUGAUUCCGUCUCCUCGGAACAAAACAUAGGUGAUUAUUCAACUUCAACGCAAAACCAUACUGAUUAGAAAGAAG